UCAAACGUUGCUGUCAGGUGUCAAUGGUCUUUAAGUUUAAGAAGCAAUAUUACAGAUAAGCGAGUAAGUGGACAAAGCACACGUUUACGUUUCUCAUUUCUAAUUUGGCAGGUGACUGAAAUAUCAAAUCAAUAAUCAUACACCAACUUUCCAAAUUCCAAUCCCUUCUCAACAAUCUCAAAAACCCACUUCUCAACUCUCAUAAAAAUCUCUACAUGUCAUGUAAAAUCACCAUUCUUGAUCACUGAUCUUAUCAGCGGCGAUGAGCUAUUUACAGGACAGAAUCAAAGCUUUCUUCAACAACAGAUGGCUCGUGUUCGUGGCUUCAAUGUGGGUCCAGUCCUUUGCCGGGAUUGGGUACUUGUUUGGGAGCAUAUCACCUGUGGUGAAGAGCACCAUGGGUUAUACUCAGAGAGAGGUGGCUAUUUUGGGUGUGGCCAAAGAUUUGGGGGACAGUAUUGGGUUCAUAGCUGGUAGUCUGUGUGAGAUUUUACCUAUUUGGGUGAUUUUGUGCAUUGGUGUGGUUCAGAACUUUCUUGGGUAUGGCUUGCUUUGGCUCAUUGUUACUCAGAGAUUGCCCUCUUUGCCUUUAUGGGUGCUAUGUAUUUGUAUAUUUGUGGGAACAAAUGGGGAGACCUACUUCAAUACAGGAGCUCUAGUUUCCUGCGUGCAGAACUUUCCCAAAAGCCGUGGUCCGGUAGUGGGUAUACUGAAGGGAUUUGCUGGUUUGAGUGGUGCAAUUAUUACUCAAAUUUAUGCUAUGAUCAAUGCUCCCGAUGAAGCAUCACUAAUCUUUAUGGUUGCAGUUGGGCCAUCAAUUGUAGUUUUUUCUCUUAUGUUCAUUGUUAGACCAGUGGGUGGUCACAGACAAGUUAGAGCAUCUGAUCAAUCAAGCUUCUUAUUUGUCUAUACUGUUUGCCUCAUUCUGGCAGCGUACGUGUUGGGGGUUUUGUUACUUGAGGAUCUAGUUGGUUUGAGCCAAACUUUAGUCACCUUGUGUGCUAUUGUAUUGAUUGUUCUAGUACUGCUUCCAAUUAUUAUUCCUAUUCUGUUGGUCUUUUUCGCGGAACCAAGGUCAUCGACAGAGGAGAGCCUUCUCAAUGAGCCUCAGAAACAAGAAUCAAAUAAUUUUGAGCAGGAGGGGAACGAGGUUAUCUUCAGUGAGGUUGAAGAUGAGAAGGGCUCAGACAUAGACUUACUUCCAUCAUCAGAAAGACAAAAACGAAUUGCCCACUUGCAAGCUAAACUGUUUCAAGCUGCUGCAGAAGGAGCUGUGAGGGUCAAGCGGAGAAAAGGCCCACGCAGAGGGGAGGAUUUCACAUUAAUGCAGGCAUUAGUAAAAGCAGAUUUUUGGCUUAUUUUUGCCUCCCUUGUACUGGCUUCUGGUUCUGGUUUGACAGUUAUUGAUAAUCUGGGUCAGAUGUGUGAAUCUCUGGGGUUUAGCAAUACACAGGUGUUUGUAUCCAUGAUUAGUAUUUGGAACUUUCUUGGCCGAGUUGGUGGUGGAUACUUCUCUGAGAUAAUCAUAAAGAAAUAUGCCUACCCAAGGCCAGUGACCAUGGCUGUGGUUCAGGUCAUUAUGGCAAUUGGGCUCUUCUUCUAUGCAAUGGCUUGGCCUGGGGCAAUUUAUGUUGUGACCGUGUUGAUAGGACUUGGAUAUGGAGCACAUUGGGCAAUUGUGCCUGCUGCCGUCUCUGAACUGUUUGGCCUGAAAAGUUUUGGUGCCUUGUAUAAUUUCCUUACCCUGGCAAGUCCCGUAGGUUCUCUGAUCUUCUCCGGUGUCAUUGCUAGUGGUAUAUAUGACUAUGAAGCAGCAAAACAAGAUUCUCUCAAGCAGACAAUUUUGGGGCCUCUGCUCAAAAUGCCUUUAAGGGAUGAUGAGUCACUCAGUUGUGAGGGAACCAUAUGCUACUCCAUCACAUGUGCCAUAUUGUCAGGGCUUUGCAUCAUUGCAGUUGUACUGAGUUCAAUUGUUGUUUAUCGGACUAGAAGUGUUUAUGCCCAACUCUAUGGAAGAUCUCGCACUUGAAGUGCGAGGAGAGGCAAAAGAUAGAUUUUUGCAUAGGCAUAUGGGUGUAUAGAUUUCUUAUCACCCAUAGAAAUAUAUCGUUAAAAGAAAGAAAGCUGAAGCAACUUGUUUAGAUGCAAGUUCCUCCCUCUCCCAAAAAACAGUAACAGAAAAGAAGAAGAAGGAGAAGAAGGAAAUCAUUUACAAAGAACAUUGUUUUUAUCAAUUUGUUCAGUUAUUAUUUUUUUGAGACCAAGUUCCAUAACGUUGAGUGCUGCAAAUGAGGGUGGAAUUCUUGUCUCUCUAUUGUUUUGGACAACAUAUGAUUUACUGGAACUUGUGUCCUUGAAGGCUUGAAUGCAUGAGUGUGCUUCAAAUCUCCAGCCAAAUCAUUUAUAAAUAACAUUUAGCCAUGAUAAUGGUUUUGUAAUUUGUGUUUGUAGCUUCCACCAUUGUACUUUCGAGAAAAUAUGAAAUAUAUCUAGUUUAUCAA